AUGUCGACAGCGAUACACACCGGCACAGGCACUGCGCAUUCCUCGCGAGAUGAAGACGUGGCUGUCUGGACACUCUCGCCUCAGUCAGGAGAGAUGCACGACCUCACUCUCGAAGAAUUGUAUAGCUCUCUCUCCGACCUUGGCCACAAUCCUUAUGGUGAACUGGUGUACACGAGAAGCCACCUCGCCUCGAAGCAUCUCCGCGCGGUGCCGGGGCUGCAGCAGUAUGCUCAUCUGCAAAGACUCUGCGUUAAUGAUAACCACCUCACAGAGCUGGAUGCGGUGCGCUACAUGCCACAAUUGGUGCAUCUUCACGCAUGCCACAACCGUCUCACCUCGGACGUGUUCGCAUCCCUUGCCGCGUCGGCGGCCGGAUGCCUGGAGCAGCUCUACCUGGACGACAACUGCAUCACCUCACUAGACGGGUUGGAAAAGCUGCCCUUCCUGCUCGACUUUACGUGCCGCAGUAACCAAGUGCGGCAUCUCCCUGCACACUGCCUCUCUGCUGCCCAGCGACUCACACGCUUUUCGUUGAGGGGCAAUACGCUCGAAAGAGUCGAUACCAACGCCUUCGCGGUGGCACAACUGCUCCGCGAGUUGGAGCUGAGCGAAAACUUGCUGUCAAGCACCGAUUUUCUCUACUCUGUCACUUCGAAGAUUGAAAAGGUGAACAUUGCCAGUAAUAGCGUGCGCCGCUUGAGCGCCGCCGUUGAGGUGCUCUCCUGCUUAUCAGUGCUCGACGUUGGGCGGAACGAGUUGUCAGGGCUAAAGGAGCUGCUGGUCCUCCGCCGCCUCAAGGGCCUGCGCACCUUGGAAUUUGCGGGGAACACUGGUCUGGAGCACCUGCCACAUCACGCAUCCGGAGAGGACGGGCGCCUGGGUGACCCGCUCGCGACAGCGAUGCACGGAACCGAGUACCAUGAAGAGGUGGUCAUGAGUGAUGAAGAGGAAAACUGUAGGUCGCUUUGCUCUGGCGGCGACAGUAGUGAGGCCCCAGGCACAGCGAGCAUCACCACAGCUACCACUGGCGCUGCGACUUCUGCCGUCGCCGCGGGAGAAGGUAGCAGCGCUCUUGAGAAGAGCAGCACCCUGAGCCUCGUCUUCAGCGCCACCGACAAGCUAGCCGAAAACGCGGGCGACUCAGUUCCGAAGUACCGCCGGUGCAGAAGCGCGAUUCCGGGGUGGGGGUUCUCGAAAUCAUUAGCGGUACAGGCAGCGACACCAACCACUGCCGCCUACGCGGACCUCGCCGCCCCCGAGGCGCACAGCUUUGUGCAUGCGAUGGGCAGUAUGAGGCGUGACGGAGAGCUCGAUGUGCGCGUGCACCACCAGAAGGAGGUUCUGGCGCUCCCACAGGAGGAGCAGGUGUAUCUGUGGACGCUGUCGGUGUUGCCCCAGCUGACGAUGGUGAACGGACGCCUGAUCCGCCCAGAGGAGGUGGCGAAGGCGACUUUUCUCUUUGGCGCGAACGCCACGGAAUGGGAGGGUGCAAAGUGA